GUCUCGACCCGAAACGUCGCCCAUUCCUUCUCUCCAGAGAGGCUGCCUCUCCCGCUGAGCUACUCCAGCGUUUUCUGGCUGUCUUGGGUGCAAACCAGGUUCCUUCCAACCCAUUUUGCUUCCCCCUUCCUGCAGGACUUUGUUGGCGGUGGAGAUAAGCUGGGAAUUGGGAAGUCUUCGCCAAGCCACCGGGAGGGAACUCGCUCGCCCUUUGCCUCUCCACUAGCCGCGCGGGGUAGGGUAACAGUGGUCCCAGCACCGAGUUGGAGGCGUUCCGCUGGAAGUUCCUUGGCAGGCGAGAUCUCCGGAUGAAAUGGGUCCCCUCUCCGAGAACAAGAGCUGGGUGGUGAUCGUGAACUGCACCUCAUGCGGCCACUCGGUGAACCCCUUCCGGGCCGUGCCUUUGGGGGCGGUGCUGGGCUCCUUUAUCCUCUUCGCGAUCUUGGGCAACAUCUUGGUGGUCCUCUCGGUGGCUCUCCACAGGAACCUGCAGACGGUCACCAAUUACUUCAUCAUCAACCUGGCCAUCGCGGACCUCCUCCUCAGCUGCUCCGUGCUGCCCUUCUCGGCUACGUUGGAGAUCCUGGGCUACUGGGCAUUUGGCCGCGUCUUCUGCAACAUGUGGGCAGCCAUGGACGUCCUCUGUUCAACCGCCUCCAUUCUGAGCCUGUGCGUUAUCUCCAUCGACAGGUACAUAGGAGUGAGCUACCCCUUGAGGCACCCAACUAUCAUGACCGAGAAGAGGGCCCUGUUGACACUGGUGGCGGUUUGGUCGCUGGCCCUGGUGAUAUCUGUCGGACCCUUGUUCGGGUGGAAAGAACUUCCUCCAGACGACGAGGCCAUCUGCAUGAUCACCGAGGAACCGGGCUACGUCUUGUUCUCUGCCUUUGGGUCCUUCUACGCUCCCUUGACCGUCAUCCUCGUUAUGUACUUCAGGGUCUACAUAGUGGCCAAGCGUGAAACCAAGAGUCUGUACGCUGGGACCAAGAGAGAGAGACUGCGGGCGGACCAGGUUACGCUGCGCAUCCACCGCAAAGACAACCAGGCGGAGAGCUCUCCUCGACUCUCCGAGCACGGCUCCAAAAACAAAGGCAUCCAGCUCAAGUCACACUUCUCCAUCUUGCUCCUCAAGUUCUCCAGAGAGAAGAAGGCCGCCAAGACGUUGGGAAUAGUGGUUGGAGGCUUCAUACUCUGCUGGCUCCCGUUCUUUGUCGUUCUCCCGAUAGGAUCUUUCUUCCCUGCCUACAAACCCCCGGAGACGGUCUUCAAAAUCACAUUCUGGCUGGGCUACUUCAACAGUUGCAUCAACCCAAUCAUAUACCACUCUUCACACCAAGAGUUCAAAAAGGCCUUCCAAAACAUUCUGAAGGGGCAGUUCAGACAGAGGAACCGCUCGUCCAUCCAACAGUCUUUAGGUGGCAGUUCAGCCAGCGGACACGUUAAAGAAGGGGGAAAGGAAUUGCGACGCCUAUCUCUGGGAGCGAGGGAAACUUUCUACAGGGUCUCAGACUCGGAAGGGGUUUGCCAGUGGAAGUUAUUUUCGGAGCAGGGAACGAAAAGCGAACACAACUCAAACUGCCGGCCCUCGGACAGAAGGGGCAACUCCAUUUUCUGUCCCUGUUGCCCAGUUUCUAAGCCUGGCGCCCCAAGUUUGAAACUGCACACUAACUCAAUCGGUGACUACGGGGACCCCGUUUGAACGAGACGCUCCCCGCCACCUCCAAGAGGAACAAAUGCACGCCCUGAGCAUUACUGCAUCCGCACUCACUGAAAACUCAAUGCAUCUCAAACCUUCUCCGAAAUUGCUGAGCGCAGCGUUUGGACUAACACGAAAAGUUUGAAACAAUGUCAAAGGAUGGCCGGGUUAUGUGCAAUCUACUUCUGGCAAGUACACCAAGUCCAGCCAGGCGCUGGACACCCGGAGAGCGAUCCAGAGAGGUUACUUUGAAGAAGGGUCUCGAUCCGUAGCGUCACCCAUUCCUUCUCUCCAGAGAUGCUGCUGCCUGUCCCGCUGAGUUACUCCAGUAUUUUGUGUCGAACUUCCAUUACUUUACAAUUCUCCUGUUGCACACAGUUCUACUUGAAGCGUGAAUCACCUCCACUUACUUCUUUGCAAACCCGAACAAUUCCUCGUUUGCCUGCGGCCUUACCUGCAUCGUGAAUCCACUGCACGUAAUUUAAAUGAUGUAUCUUCGUGUUGCCACCACCUGUUCUAAGCUUAAGCGUAAAGGUACACCUUUAAGGUAAAUUCAAUCAAAUUUCGCAGUGCACGGGAUUAAAUCCAGAAACCUCCACUUCCUAUCUCCUGUAAAGUUGCAGUCUGUGUUUAGCCCCGUCUCAGGUGAAACCUCUCCGAACAGAGAAGGUGCAUGGAAAAAUAAGUCAACUUUAAGCAUACAACCGCCAGCCACCUUUCAGUUGCAAUGGCUGAUCUAUUACCCAUAUUGCACUGCAGCGGAGAAACUGCUCUAUACAUUG